AUGGGUCGCUUGGUGAACUACUUCCCCACGAUAACAGCGUUUAUCGCUUUUAUCCUCACUUUAUUAUGUCUCUUCGCAGGCACACAAUUGACGGUGCUCCCGGGUGUCGAUAUAUUCACGGUUCUUUCCUCAGAACAGAGUCGAAAUACGGGGAUACAUGACUUCUACUCCAUCUAUGUGAUGUCGUAUUGCGAAGGAGAUCUCAUGGCAGGCAACAGACGCUUCUCGAACUGCUCCAAAGCCGCAUUGCCCUUUGCCUUUAAUCCCUCCGUGGUGUUGUUGAAUGAAACCGGUAACACCACUUCACUUUCGAACCUGGGAUGGCCCGAUGCCGUUACAGACGAUUUCCAUGCGUUCAGCAUGACCAGCCGGACUAUAGGGAUUUUCUACUGCAUCGGAGCCGGGGCUGCAGGCUUGGCGAUAGUGGGCAGAUUGUAUUGGCUGGUUCGGCGCGGACCACGGCAGUCCGUCAUGGAAUUAGCGGCAUUACUGUUGGGGUUCAUCAUGCUCGGAAUCUCCUCGAUUAUUGCGACGGUUAUCGCGUUUCAAUUUGUCGAUCUUGUCAAUGACCAUGGCCGCGAUAUGGGUGUGAGUGCCGAGUACGGACCCCGAUUUUUGGGAAUGACUUGGGCCGCCACCGGGUUGAUGUUGACGGGAGGCAUCACCAGUUUAUUGACGGUGCUGGUCGAUCGGAGCCGAGCAGAGACAGGCACCCUUGCAGGUGACUGUGAUGAUCAAGCCAAGUCCCUCAUGCACUCAGACUAUGAAUCAGUCAAAUCCAGUGCGGAACCAUCUCCCGGGGUGGAGACAGAAAAGGAGGGAAAUCAGUGA